UCGUUUGACAGAUCCAUCGCACAAUUUGUAAACAUUUCCCAAGUGAACGCAAUUCGUGCGUUCGGUGCGUCGGUGAAGAAUUCAGGCGGUGCUUCCAAUACUUUUCGCGAAUAAACCAUGAACGUUCUGCAGGGAGUGGGCAGAAUUGCUCACCAAUCGUUGCGAAGAACCAUCUGCACAUCCCUGGCACGCCGGUCAACGUACGAAAGCGAUGGCAAAACGUCUGUGACGAUCCUGAACAAGGAGGCGGACGCGGGCCUGAUGAUAAAUUCCUACAGCCAGUACGGGUUCCGGCUGAACAACGAUAUGGUCGUGAUCGGGCCGAUGGCCAUCUUCUCCCGCACCGUACUCUCGUGGAACGUCGAAAGCCACGAGGACAUUAACGACGCCUCGCUAAGCUUGUUCUGCGCGAUUGAGCCCAAAAUCGAUGUGCUUGUGGUGGGCAUCGGGGAUCACACGAUAACGCCCGCCUUCUCGAAGAAGAUUAUAGAUUUUAUGAAACGGUACAAGAUUAACGUGGAGGUGCUCGGUACGGAGCAGGCCUGUUCGACGUUUAAUUUCCUGAACGCGGAAAACCGGGUCGUUGCCGCAGCACUGAUCCCUCCCAUGACAAUACGCGUGAACGAGGACGAUUUGAUGCGGAAACAGAUCCAGGUUAGCCGAUCGUUUGAGGUAGCGGACAAAUAGGUGACAAUCUGCUGGGGGUAGGCGCACGCUUCUGUACAUAAUAAUAAAGCUAGUACCAUUUUCAGUGUAGACUGCCACUGUUUGCAGAACAA